GCACAUGCGCUCAGCACUGGGGAAGCACCGUCACUGACUGCGCAUGCGGUUAGUCUGGCUGCUCCGUCCCUGUAAAGAGACCGGCGUAUCGGAGGUAGCACAUAUACCGGCUGUUGGAACAAUCUAUUCAGCCAUUAGCCUUCACCGCUACCGCUAAGAUGGUUCUGGAUCUCGAUCUAUUCCGGGAGGACAAAGGAGGAAACCCGGAGCUUGUGAGAGAAACUCAAAGGAAGAGAUUUAAAGAUCCUGCUUUGGUGGAGGCCCUGCUAACCUCAGACACAGCAUGGAGGAAAUGUAAGUAUGCAAGGACCCAGCCUGGGUCAGUGAGCAUGCAAUCUAACGAUGUAUGGAAAGUCAGAUCAUCAGAUCAACCUUUACUCACAUCCCAGUAUAUGUCUUCCCAUCACUGUUCAAUAGGGGAUUGGUUUUCAUGUGUCAUUUUGCCACAUGAUUUUGUAUACUAUAAGCGCUCAGUAUAUAUAAUGGGGCACAAAUAAUAUUGACAACUCAUAUAUUUCAAUCAAUGUUACAAUGUAUACAUAGAAUGCUGAUGUUUCUAAGAUUAUGUCUGUUUGUCUAUAACGAGAUUUUUACACAACUUUACGUUUUUCUACUAUAUAUAUAUAUAUAUAUAUAUAUAUAUAUAUAUAUAUAUACACACCAUGCAGUUGAAUUUAUUGGGGAAUAGAGAGGUCUGUCAAAUGUUAGCAGUGCUUCUAUGUCAGAAUUUGUCGGUCCAUGUGCUAUUAUAUCUGAUGCAAUACUGCAGCAAGGAGAGAGAGGGGAGGAGGUGGAGUCCCAGUAAGAUCGGCCCUUUGCCACUUCAUUAGGACAACUCAUCUCUUAGCAGCUUAAAAACAUAUAUCCCUGACCUGAUUGGUGCUGUAUCUUUUUAAGCGAUGACUCAUCAAACUGUUAAAAGUGUGUUUGGACUGUUGAUUUUGUGAUUAUUUAAUCUCAGCCAUUCCUUCGUACCUGAUGUAUUCCUGAUUUUGUCUGUAGCAUGAUAGUUUGAUGGCCAACCUCCUCAUAUUUUGGUUAUGAGGAGCCAGCACUUAAAAGUAUGUAAUAAAUUUGCAGAGCAUGUUCUCUGAAAAAUGAGUGUCUGUAAAUAAAUUAUAGCUUGGUUAUUGUCCUUUAAAUAAAGUAAUUUAAAAAAUACAUAACAGUCACACUUUAACUAAAGUCCAGGAUUUGUAUUAUUUGGAAUACUAGUCUUGCGCCUGAGAGGGGAUAUGAUAACUUUUUAUAAAUAUAUUCGGGGCCAGUACAAACCUUUAUCUGGAAAUCUAUUCAUAAACAGGGCUAUACAUAGGACACGAGGUCACACAUUUAGGCUGGAAGAAAGGAGAUUUCAUCUAAGACAAAGAAAAGGGUUUUUUUUUUUGGGUUUUUUUUUAUAGUAAGAACAAUAAGGAUAUGGAAUUCUCUGCCUGAAUAGGUGGUUUUUUUCAGAGUCCAUAUAGAUGUUUAAACUGAAAUUGGAUAAAUACUUACAAAAACAUAACAUACAGGGAUAUCAUUUCUAAUUAGUGGGGUAAUAGCUGCUUGCUCCAAGGAGACAUCUGACUGCUAUUUUGGGGUCAAGAAGUAAUUUUUUCCUAGUUUGUGGCAAAAUUGGAAGCGCUUCAGACCAGGAUUUUUGCCUUCUUUUGGAUCAACAGCAACAUUUGUGAGGAAGGCUGAACUUGAUGGACGCAAGUCUCUUUUCAGCUAUGUAACUAUGUAACAUAGAAUUUCACCACUAAGCAGUGAGCUGUAGAAAAUUGAAAACUGAAUUGUAAAAUUUAGCCAAAAACUGAAUAUUUGAAAGAAAUGUCAAACUUGGCUAUUACAGCCUACAUUUUCUCAUUUUGAAUAUUUUUUUUUUUUUUUUUUUAAUUUCACGGUAUAGUGCAUAAACCCUUUUAAUAUAUGCAUCUAUAUAACAAUAAUAUCGUCAUACUAAACUUCCUGGCUUUUUAACCCCUUAAGGACACAUGACAUGUGUGACAUGCCAUGAUUCCCUUUUAUUCCAGAAGUUUGGUCUUUAAGGGGUUAAAGGUACACUCCACUAUAAAAAUAAACUAAAAAUCACUAUUUAGUAGAUUUACCACUAAUGAAAUCAUGCAUGCAUUUAUUUAUUAUGCAUCUUUUUUCAUUGGGGAUAUAUCUAAAACAGCUUCCAAAAGCUGCAGAUCUUUUGAAUGUAUAUUUUGCAGGCCAUCUCCUUUUUCCCAAAAAUAUUCCAAUCAGAGGCUUCUUAUUCUGUUGGAGCCAUGAGCACGCUUGUGAUCAGAGCUUUCCAAUGAGCUGUAAAACAUGCCUGCCAAUUCCAUUCUACUGAAAUCAACACUUUCAUAAAAUGCCACACAUUUCACUGACUCCAGACACAUAAAGUACUUCAGCGAACUUGACAGGGUAGUCAACCUGGUCCCUACUGCCCACUAGUGGGCCCGCUGGCACUUAGUUCCAGUAGAGGGAGGAAGGGCCUGGGAGGCUCCCUCGAGCAGGCUGGUAGGGACGUUGCCGCACGUUACCACGGCAACGCUCUGAUACAGUGCUGUGCUCGCAUGAGGGCCAGCUUGCAGCCGGAGGAGCUGCAGGCCAAAGUGAACAUGUUACCACUGGGCCACCAGGGCUUGCAGCAUUAUGUUUCCAAUACCUGGUAAAAAGUAAGAAGAUUGGUGGGGGAGACAUUUAGAUAAGUUUUCACAUCUCACCCAUCUCCACACACCAUAUACUCUAUGCACCACAAACACACACACAUGCUCUCUCUUUCUCCAACACUUACACGCACUGGGAGGGGUGUGACCUUAAGAUAGAUUUUCACAUCUCACUCACCUACAAACAGCAUAGACCCUAUGCACCCUUCACACAGAAACACACUCUACAACUCUCACACCCACGCACUGCUCCUUCACACACACAGCACCUCACAGACACACAGGGAAAAAAAUGUACAAUAGGAAAAAAAAAAGAUACAUUUAAGUACAUAUUUAAAAAAAAAAAAAAAAAAUCGCAAUUGCUCUAUAACAUUUAGUUACUGCGGCACUGGUGGGCGGUAAGGAAAUUUUACCAUCAACAACGAUACAAAAGUGGGUGGUAGGUAUUAAAAGGUUGACUACCCCUGCUUUAAAGCAACAAAUGUAUUCCUGACCCUAUAGUGUUAAUAUCACCAUCUGGACCCACCCCCAAUGCCUCCCUAAAUAUAGUAACAUCUUACUUGUAUUCAAGUCUGCAUCUGCUGCCUCUCCCCCUGACCUGCCUGCUGACAUCAUCAGAAGUGGUGGCCCGAGCCAAUAACAAUGGUUCCUUUUAGGAUUGGCUGAGACUUUUAAGGAGGCAGAUCAGGGGCAGAGCCGGCACAAGUCAAACACAGCCCUAGCCAAUCGGCAUCUCCUCAUAGAAGUGCAUUGAAUCAAUGCAUCUCGAUGAGGAAAGUUCAGUCUCUGUAUGCAGAGGGAGGAGAUACUGCACAUUGUGCAGCACUCCCCCAGGAAGCACCUCUAGUAGCCAUCUGUGGAGUUAUCACUAGGCUGUAAUGUAAACACUGCAUUUUCUCUAAAAAGACUUUGUUUACCAUAAAAAGCCUGAAGGGAAUGAUUAUACUCGCCAGAAGAAAUACAAUAAGCUGUAGUUGUUCUGGUAACUAUGGUGUCCCUUUAAUACAUAGACUAAAUAUAACCACAGUCCUUUCUCUGCUAGCAGAACCUAAAUUAAAUAUUCACACCUGUGCAUGUUCUCUCUCGUUUUUCCAGUAUUUGACUAAAUAUUUUGCAAUUGGAUAAUAUAGAUAAUGGGGAAAUUGGCAAAAAAUUAAGCAGGAACAUUUUUUUCUGGUCUGUGGGGACAUAUAUUACCCUAUAAUUCCCUGUCCAGCAGGAUAUUUUAGGAUGAGUAGUUUAUCCCCAAUGAGCAAUCUUUAUAAAAUACUCAUAUUGACUGUGUUAAAAUUUCACUGAAAUUCCAGCCCAAUCAAGAGACCUAGUAAAGGUAGAGAUAAAAAAAAACAGGUUGCACCAAAUGUUGGUGUAAAGAUGUUAAACAGCACUAAUAAUAAAAAAUAGUAAAAUAGUAUUUACAGAAUAGUCUCAAAUUCAUUUGAUAGCAGAAUUUUUGAUAGGGAAGAUGAAGUACAGCAGGUAUUGUAGUGUGUUCAUCAGCUUAUUGGAUACCGUGAUAUGAAAUGGCAAGCAUGGCAAAAUAGUGUAAUAUUGUAUAUUACAGAGGUGAGGAAUAAGAUAACAAAAAUGCACUUAUAAACUGAGCUAUAUAUUCGCUCUCAUGUAUCAGCUUAUGCUAAUAAUAUACUUGUCACUGGAUAUGUAGUAAACACUCUUAAUUGUUUUAGGAACACUGGUAUGUAUAGUGACACCUUCACAACAUGCGCGACUCACAUGAUAUAUAAAAGUAGAGACAAAUCCAAUCGUGUAACCCAAUAAAACGCCAAACGUUAAAUUAAAAGAAGAUAAAAAUACAAAGAACUUCCAGUUUAGCUCUUAGUCAAAGCAUGAAGCUGUAUAAUACCCGCUCACGGAUAUUCGUUUUAGUGAGUUUUCUUCCAUGUAUAUUCAAUAUACAUAUGAUGAAAAUAGAAAUACAAAAAAAUAGUUCUCUCUAUUGGAAGUGAAAAUAAAGCUUGUAAAUUUUAAUGAAAUGUACUUGCAUUUAAAGGAGCAUUCACAUGCUUGGUGGUAACAGCGUGGUUGAUACAAUCCCCAUCUGGGUAUGAAAGGACAAGUGGAUAAGGUGCAGUAAUUCCAGCAGUUUUUUCAGGAUGUUUAAGAUAUAAUAAAAAGCAGGACCAAAAUAAAAUAUAAAAUAAAUAAAAAUGAUAUGGUAAAUUCAGUUGUGUUUUAUAUAUUCUUUUCAUUUUCUUUUUGUAAUUUGAGUUUAGCAAGUAGGGGUGUACAGAAAAAAGGGGAGGUUAGACUGGAGUUGGUAACAUGGAUAUACUGUACAGCAUUUAUACAGGGUAUUGGUCAAUCACAGUUCAAUCACCGCACACUCUCUUCCACAAUGUUCGAUUGUGUGCUCAUUUCGGGUAUGCUUUCCGGACCAAGGUUUGUAUGUCCAGAGGGGGGGUCUGGUUGCGUCUACACCUGUUUACCAUCGUGGGAGGUGUGGGGGUGACCACCAAUGGGUGUGUGCACAGGUGUCUCAUCUUUCUCUGUGGAGGGUGGUGUUUAGUCCGCCCGGAGUUGUUACCAUGGUAUAGUUGUGUCCCCAUCUAGCCAGGGAUCCCAGAUUUUGUGGAACUGUUUAGGUGUGUCGUGUAUUUGUGGCGUAAGUUUAUCCAUUUGUAAGCUAUCUAGUAUUUUCCUUGUUAUCAUGUCUUGUGUCGGGAUGCGGAGCAAGGACCAUACCUCAGCGAUUGCCCUGCGUGUCGCCAGGGCGAUGCGGGCGGUCAGUUUGUUCUCAGUUCUUGUGAAUGUUUCCACAGGUUUUGAGAAUAGCAGGUAAAUUCAAUUAAAUUACCAAAUAAGCAAUAAAAAUAAAUAGUAAAAUACUUGACAAUCUAAAAUCAAAAUGAAUUUCGCCUUUUGGGCUUUAAGUUUCUAUACUCUCUUGGAUUGUUGGGGUAUCCAAGUUUCAUUGUUUACUGCCUAUUGGAACUAGCGCUUUAUCAACAUUUUUUUUUUUUCCUUUUCCGAGACAAAGUAGGGACUACUGUCUCAGUAUUUUUCCUAUGCUUGACACUUCUAGACACUGGGUGGAACUAUCCCCAUCUAGAUGUGUCAAUCUCUUCCUCUGCAGUCACCAGUGAUGGCUUUAGGGAAUAGGCUUUAUCUAUGGAAGAUCAUUUGGUCUUGGGAUCCUCCAUAUAUCUCAGUGCAGCACUCUUAUGCACGUGUGAGAGUACAGCAGUGACGUUGGCUCCUGGCUCUGAAGGGGAACCGCUGGAAAAAAGACGGAGGUGCUCACAUGUGGUAGGUUCAGGUAACUGGAACGCACCCAUUCCAUAUCCUAUACUUUGUGUAGGAUUCGGAUGCAAAAGCACCAGUUUUAAUCUAGGCACAGCAUGCAUCUGGAUGAUUGCUACAGAUUUGCUUGGGCCAACUGAAUUACGACCGUAUUUGUCUUUAGAAAUUGCCAUUGUGGUUGGAAUUUGGUUAUUUUAACUUGAUUUUAUACAUCUAGUGUUUAGUGUAUAACCCUUUAAAAGAAAUUUCCAACCAUAACAACUAUAAUUCCAUAUAAGUAAGUAAUCGAACCGCUUGCUUCCAGUUUGACUUUUUACCUGUGGUUUGUUGGGCCUCGCUCCCUGCUUCUUCUUUUCCACUAUGGAGAUUUAGAAACUCCAGAUAGGAGCUUCUCUUUGCUACUCCUUAGCAAAGCCAUGUAGGGUAGUGACAGAUCAUUGGUUGAGAGUGACAGCCGAUAGUUCUCAGUUAAUUAGCUAAGCCUUGCACUACUUGGCUCAGGCAAAUAACUUCCAGCUAUCAUAGAGGCCUGCGAACCCCAGGUAAGCAGUCAGACCGCUGUUUUGACUGCUUUCACGGAGGACGGUACCAGGAAACUCCUGGCACCAUAUAACCACAGCACCUGUAGUAGUUAUGGUCCUUGCAGUUUUCUUUUAAUAUCUCUGCAUUUGUUCUAAGUAUAGCCAUGUAAUUUUUCAUCAUGCUCACAUUGUGUUUCAACAGCCUGAAGGAGGAUUUUACCAGAGUUCAGUGUUUAUAUGUUUGAUGAAAUUCUGUGAAAUUUCCUUUUACUGCAUGAAGAAUGACAGAUUUGUGUAAUUCCUAUGUCUUUACAGGCAGGUUUCAAUCAGAUAAUCUGAACAAAAUGAAAAACCUGUGUAGCAAAACUAUUGGUGAUAAAAUGAAGGUAAGUGAUUUUCUGUCACAUGUAUCUAUGCUCCGUCAACACUCCCCUUUGUAGUGUUAAUAGAAACAAUAGGAAGGGCUAUCAAAGUAUUUGUUUUAAAAAGUGGUGCAAAAAUAUAAAAGGAAUGGUGUCACCAAUGGUAUAUGCAUUCUGGUGACACAGGGUUACAUGUUGACUACUACUCUUUUUGUACUUUAGAUCACGUUUUAUAACAGUUCACUUCCUUAGAUAUCACUAUUGUUUCCAAUCUCCGCUUCUCUGUGUGCUUGUCUGCCCAAUUCAAAUGACAGAGCGUAUAACAGUGUUUGACAGAGAUCUAACCCGCCAUUUGUAGGAUUAGGAUUUGGCUUUCUGCAGGUUUUUUUUCCACGCCUCACAACUACAUAUUUGGUAUAUAUUGGGUGUUACGUUAACAUAAUAUUAAGAAUACUGGCAAGUGGCAGUUCCCCUUUAAUGCAUUUUGUAGAUGCUUUAAUGAUAAUUUAAAAAAAACAAAAAACUGCUUUUAGAAUUUCCCUCAUUUAUUGCAGAUCUGCAACCUUUUAUUUACUUUCAAUAGGAGCUGAGAUUGCUAGUAUAUGUAGUUCUCCACUCUUUAGUAGUCAUGAAAAUUACACUUUUGUGCACCUGUUACACAGCUAUUAUUCCCAAAUUGCUUCAUUCAUACAUUUUGAUGCUGUAUGUGCACAUCCCAUAAUAAAAAUAUUUGUACAGGCAAGAAUUAGCAGUCAGGUGGGCUUAUCACGUUAGAUUAAACUGAAUGAGAGGAGAUAAAGGCCGAAGCUAAUGGACACAUUGAAGGUGUGUAUGGUCCUUGGAGUGUUGCAUAAAACUCAGUUCGUCCAUGCAGUAUUAAAGUGGAUAUUGUAUUACACUUUUUUUGUGAAUUGUAAUUGAUUGAACUUCUGUUGGUGUAAAAAUGUGUUCUUUAAAAAUAUUAAAUAGGAUAGGGAAGGGUGACUAACCAAAACCGCUGUAUUGUUCAAACACUGAUUUUUUUAUUUUUUUUUUGAUUUUUUUUUUUGGGUAAUUUUUUAAUAUCAUACAUUUAUACACAUACAUACAAAUAUACAGGGAAAUCACGGAUAUACAUGGAUAUAUGAUGCAAUGAACAUUCACAUUAUUAAAGGAAUUUUGGUGGAUCCUGACUUUUGACUCCUACUAUAUAUCAUAUGAACACAGUGGUUUUAUGUUGGUGUUUAUCUGCAGUUAUACAUGGUAUUUUUUCCUAUUGUGUUGCAGAAAAAAGAACUGGUGGGUGACAGUGAUGCACUCCCAGAAAAUGCCCAGAAUCUGGACCAAUUAACAGCAGAAACUCUAGGUGUAAGAAAAUUUUUGUUGUGAUAUUCUAAUAUUAUUGAGCAUUUAAAGAAAAUGUUUUGAAAUAUUGCACCUAGGUAGAGUAAUCAGAUUUCUAUGCACAUGUUCAGUAUUCAGACCAACAUAAAAUAUGUAGACAACCUUAGCUAGAAUAAGAUUUAAUUCUACCCACCUUUUCAAAUUUUAGUUUGUAGUGCUGUAGUCUGAUUUCAUUGAGCGUUUUGUUUCCCCUCGCUUUUUGCAAUUUUGAGAUUGUUUGUUUGUUUGUUUGUUUGUUUGUUUGGGUUUAUUUGUUGUUGUUUUUGUAUAGUCACAGUGGAACUCCAAUUUGAAUCCCUGUGUAUACAUAGUUACAUAGCUGAAAAUAGACAAGCGUCCAUCAAGUUCAGCCUUUCUCACAUGUAUUUUUGCUGUUUAUCUAAAAGGGAAAAAUUACCCAGUUUAAAGCACAUCCAAUUUUGCAAUAAACAUGGGGAAAAAAAUCAUUUUUGACCCCAGAAUGGUAGUCCGAUAUCUCCUUGGAUCAAGAAACUAUUACUACUAAUUAAAAAAAUAUAUCCCUGAAUAGUAUUUAUCCAUGAAUACUGGUACAAUUAAACUAUGGGAUUACAUUCAGGUGACUCAUUCAUAUUCAGUAUGGCUGGUAAAAUUUUGAUAAAGCUUCACUCUAUUCACUAGCAACAAAAUCUUUACCGCAUAAAGCCAUGGUUUCUGGACUAUAUUUCGAAAUGGAUCUAAUUUUUUAGUGAGAUUUGCUUGAUAUUAGAUCAGCUGUUUAAGGGCAUUUGGUUGCAUUUCAGCUAUUUGUGAAUAGCAAAAUCAGCCGUGAUGUAUGGUGAUUUGGUUAAUUUUAACAGAUAACCAAAUGGCAGGUGACUAGUUUUAAUUCAGUUAAAAUAAUCGAAUUAGCCUUUUGUGAUUACCCAUAUGGGUUCAAUAUAGCUGCAGCAGCAGAAUUAUGGCAACUUAAUGGCACUCAACUGCUCUUGGCAAAUAGACCACAAACCAGUUCUGUUCAAACGGAAAGAGGAUGUGAUACAUUAAGGUAAUAGUGUGUUAACCUGUCAGUAUUGUUUAAAUGCUUAUUAUUAUUAUUAUUAUUAUUAUUAUUAUUAAUUUAUUUUUUUAAAUCCUUUUUGUAGGCAAUGACCGUAACACAGAUUAAGCGACUUCGAGUCCUUAUAGACAAGGCCAUAGAAGCAACAGAUACAGAACGAAUAAGGCUUGAGGCUGAGCGGUUUGAGAGUUUGAGAGAAAUUGGAAACUUGCUGCACCCAUCCGUUCCAAUCAGCAAUGAUGAGGUACUAUACUAGAAUACUUAAAGGUGAUUUCUUUAUGCCACUUUAACAACUGAAUAAUGCAGCCUGAAUAUGAGCAUUGUUGUGUGCACUGGAUGGAGAAAUUAAGUAUUCCUGGUGUGAAAUAAUUGUGAUCACCCCUUAGUCAGUGUAUGUCUAGUCAUUCAAGAAUCAUAUUCCAUGGGGGAUACAAGCAGUAAUGUAUAUUAUUAUUCAUUAUAUCCUAUAUUUUUUUUUUUUUUUUUGUUUUCCUUGCAGGACAAUGACAACAAAGUGGAGCGCACGUGGGGAGUAUGUGAGGGCCGAAAGAAAUAUUCACAUGUGGACCUUGUAGUUAUGGUUGAUGGCUUUGAGGGUGAAAAAGGAGCUGUUGUUGCUGGGAGCAGAGGAUACUUCUUAAAGGUGAAGGGGUGUGUGUAUGUAUAUAUGUGUUUGUAUGUAUGUGGCGGAUCACUCCGUAAGGGACUCCCCUUCGAAGUAUCCCAUUGAGCGCAGUAGUCGGUGAUUAUAGCUCGCAGGAUAGCAGUAGAGUAAAGCAGUGUUUAUAGCCUUUACCCCCUCCCCCAUACAUUAGUUGAGACUUAAUGCUGGGACAAGAACUGGUUUUAUUAAAGGAACAUUAUAGGCACCCAGAACACUUCAGCUAAUUGAAGUGGUCUGGGUGCACUGUCCCUUUUUGCACUUAGUGCCGCAAUGUAAAAUCUGUGAGCUUUGACGUUGCUGUUUAGUGGAUGUGUGAGUAUGCUGGAUCUUGUGUAUUGUAUAGAUUGGCCCCAGCAGCACCCCAUUUAUGCAUGUUCAGGUGAGUGCAGCCCCCUGGAUAGAUAGAGAGAAAGUUGAGUUGUGAUACAGGGGUUAAGCAACAUGAGUGCAAAUAAGCCACAGAUUUGAUAGAAAAUAGACACCAUUCUAGUAGAGGGUUGUAAAUAUUUGGUGUGAAGAUCACAGAGUGAGUGGGGAGAGAAGAAAACAAACAAACAGUGCAGAAGAUUGUGCUAGAAGAGGAGAGUAAAAUAAUUAAUUUCUUAGAUUAUGAAUGUUUGAAUUCACAAGAAUUCCAGAAUAUGCAUGAAGGUCUAUAUACAACAAACAUAUACACAGGACAUUAUGAAAGUUCGAGACACGAACUGAAACGUCGAUUACUAUUGGAUUUAUUGAAAAGUUAAAUUGGAAUAAGAUCUUGCGUGCUGGCUUUCUUUGAAGUAUAUAUAUAUAUAUAUAUAUAUAUAUAUAUAUAUAUACUUAAUUCACCCUGAACAAUAUUAUAAUUUGACAGAUUUCCCUGCACACAGUGUCUAAGUUUACAUCCACUUAACAAUUUUAUGUAAUUUCUAUGAAGAUGGCUUGUUUUGAGUUGUAGAAGUAACACUUAGACUUUUUUUUUUUUUUCUUUAGGGCCCCCUUGUGUUUUUGGAGCAGGCCAUCAUUCAGUAUGCUCUGCAGACUCUGGGAUCAAAGGGGUACACUCCCAUAUAUACACCAUUCUUUAUGAGAAAGGAAGUGAUGCAGGAGGUGGCUCAACUUAGCCAGUUUGAUGAAGAGCUAUAUAAGGUAUGUCUCCAUGGUACAUAUAUAGUUACAUCACAAAUAACCGUUAUAUAGGCUAUCUUUUAUACAUGUUUUUAAUAUAGCAGCAUUUAUUUGGUUUCAUUAGGGUUUUUUGUUGUUGUCUAGAAAUCAGUGCUGCCUUACCUAUUACAAGAAAACAAAAUAUUACUUCCCAACCUUCUCUCUAGAUAACUCAUAUGCAGGAAUAAAGAUGUAAGUGGAAUGUGCCUAACACUUGCUGCCCAUUGUUUUUAUUAAAUGGGGAGUUUGUUUGACCACAUAAACCCUAGAGGAAUAUUGGAUGCAAUGCAGCAUUAAUUUAGGUCUUCUAUGUGCUAGUACUACUGUCAUCACUGUAUGUAUAAAAACCACAUCAGUGUCAAGUAAUGCAUUAGCUCCUGUGUGGGUAUUUAUGCUCAGAAUCAUCAAGGUAACCUCAGUAAGCACUAAUCCUUUUUUGUUCAGGUAAUUGGAAAGGGAAGUGAGAAGUCUGACGACAACACAAUUGAUGAGAAAUACUUGAUCGCCACUUCCGAACAGCCAAUUGCUGCUCUCCAUCGGGAUGAAUGGCUAAAGCCUGAAGAUUUGCCUAUUCGCUAUGCAGGGAUUUCCACAUGUUUCCGACAGGAGGUUGGAUCCCAUGGAAGGGACACACGUGGCAUCUUCAGAGUGCAUCAGUUUGAGAAAGUAAUACUUUAUAUUAUUUCUCACUCUGUUUCUCCUUUUCACUUAAUCUUGUACCUAUUUUGUAUGUCAUCGGCCCCUAUUUAAGACUAUUAAUUCUAUUUUUCUUGUGUCUAUCUACCCAUUUCUGAAACACCAUGCAUGUUCAACUUCUGACCAGUUGCGUUUUCAGCAUUUCUUUUUCUGUACUUUGUUAGAUAGAACAGUUUAUUUAUGCUUCCCCUCAUGACAACAAAUCUUGGGAAAUGUUUGAUGAAAUGAUCGAGACAGCAGAAAUAUUCUAUCAGUCACUGGGUAUCCCUUAUCGCAUUGUUAACAUUGUUUCAGGUAAGGAUAAUUAUUAUCAGAUUGUAAUGGUCACAUAUUUCUAUGCCAUAUAUGUUUAUUUUUUUACUUGUGCUUGUACCCUUCCAUGCCUGUAACAGUGCCUCAACAGACAGCCCUGCACAUCUUUUUUUUUUAUUUAUUUUUUUUAUUAUCUAUUUCCAUGUUUUCCUCUGAAGGUUCAUUAAAUCUUGCAGCCAGUAAGAAGCUAGAUUUGGAAGCCUGGUUUCCUGGAUCUGGUGCGUUCAGAGAGCUGGUCUCUUGUUCAAACUGCACUGAUUAUCAGGCACGGAGGUUGCGUAUCCGCUAUGGACAGACAAAGAAGAUGAUGGACAAGGUAAAAUUUUGGUGUUCAGGUUCAAACCAGGAAGUCUUAGUCUUUUUGACAGGAAUCUAAAUUAUGUACGUGCCAUUAGGUCAUGGAUGGAGUCUUCAAUUGUAAGAUAGGUCAGUCAUCUGUUCUUUGAUAUCUUCAGUAGACCUUUUCCAGUGUUCAGUGAGUCUAUUGCACAGGGAAGGCUGUGCUCGGUCCUGUAAUCUAUUUCUUGUGUGGAUUUGUCUGAAGUCUAAUGUUUAUGAUGUUCCUCUUCUGUCUAUAGGCACCUGAUUUUGAGUAACUGGGCCAGUGGUCAACUGCCAUUGUCUUAAAUGUGAAAAGAAGAUAUGAAUCCAUUUGAGCCCAAAAAUAUAUAGCUGCGAUUUUACUCAAAAUCCUCUGAGCAAAGGCUUAAAAUUUGAAGUCCUAUGCUACAAGUCAGACCUUAGGUUGCUUGCCUUUGCAAGCCAUAUUAUACUCCCCAGGUGUGAAUUCCUACUUGCAAAGGGUAAUCUUUCACUUGCCAGUGGCUUGUGGUGAGUGGAAAUCUAGAGCCCUGGUCUCAGUCUUCGAUAACAAAUUGAAGUAGGCAAGAGACAGUGUGAAAGUUGGCAUCAUUCUGGACUGGACAGAAUUUAUUUUCCUUAUAAAUUAUUUAACAGACUUCAUUGUGCAUGUUCUAUUGUAAAAGUAAAAAAGAUUGAAGUCCAUACAGUUCAACUUUAAAAAAAAUUUUUUUUUUUUUAAGCGAUGGCCAGUUAUACCACAAAAAAAGAGGGGUCCUUAAUGGCAAUGAGAUUUCUCCUUGGAUUAACAGAUGGCUCACGUACAUAUUAACAUCAAAGUUCAGUUGAUUUGUAUCCAAAAUUAUUAUUUUUUUAAUUUAAUAAAUUUUUAUGUAUUGAAACAGGUAGAGUUUGUGCAUAUGCUAAAUGCAACCAUGUGUGCCACGACACGCACUAUUUGUGCCAUUUUAGAAAACUACCAGACUGAUGAGGGCAUCAGUGUCCCAGAGAAGCUCAGGGAUUUCAUGCCACCAGGUAAAUUUUAUGCGAUAAUUAAUUUAAAAUAUUUUUUGAUAAGUUAAAUUUACUAAUACUUGCAAAAUAGCAUUAGAUCAAUGAAAGAAUCAGAUUUUAAAAAAUUGUGUGUAGUUUUCAUUGCUAAUUACGUGUGUUUUUUAAAUGUUCGUUACUCUGUGACAACAAGGUGAAAAUAUAUGCUGCAGUACUGUAUUAGUUUAUGCAGUACAACCUUCACACCCUAAAGAUAUUCAUCCAUUCUUUUUAGAGAAUCUGUAUUUUGUGUGUGUGCAUACAUUAGAACUGAUUUUACUAAAUAUUUGUAAAAUAUUGCUUAACCCCUUAAGGACCAAACUUCUGGAAUAAAAGGGAAUCAUGACAUGUCACACAUGUCAUGUGUCCUUAAGGGAUUAAGAAAUGAAACACUUUAAAAUACUUUGCACAUUACAGGGAUGAGAACUACCAGUUUUAAAAAGUUACAGUACAUUGCAUGUACACGUGCACUUAUGAAGGGUAACAUUUAGAGUUUUAUGCACUAUAGUAAACUAUUACAGUGUUUACUUAAAGGGAAACUAUAGUGCCAGAAAAAAGGGGCAAGCAUGUGCUACUAGAGAGUCUUUAUACAUUGUCACACGGACGAGCCCAGAAAUAAUUUUAACCUGCAACCUAAAUCUUUUUUUUUUUUUUUUUCUUAAUGUGCAGUAGCGUUUGUCAAACUUUUCUUUAAGUUUUCUUUCCGUGCCCAGCGGUUUGACAAAAUGCUUCUGCACAGGUCUAAUGGUUCAGUAAUCCUGCUUUGUAUUAUACAAGGUGGAGCGUUGUUUGUUUCUGAGAGUCCUUGCAGGAAUUAUGCAUAAAGCGCUGCUUUACCAAAACAAAAAAAUUGAAAUGUAGCAAAAGAAGGAACUUUUUGAUUUAAUCAUGUGCUCAGGUCAAAUUCUAGUUUGGUGUUACAGAGAGGCCUACUUAGUGAAAAUCUUCAUUUCAGAGAGAGAUAUUUUCUAAUACUGCUUUGCACACUCUUUUUGCAAUGAUCGGUAUUAAGUGUCUAAAAUAUGGUUGUGUUCCAAGCAUUAUUAGGUGUUGUGAGUGAGAUAAGCUAAAAUGUUAAAGGAACACUUUAGCGUUGGGAAUACGAUGAUGCCACAAUCCAAUGCUUCUCAUAGAUGAAAGCAAUGAAUCAAUUGGCCUUCCGUGUCACAUGACAGAUUUUUACUUGGUCAGUGCACUGGAUUUGCCUCUUCUGUUGUCAUAUUAAUAGCUAAACACUUCAGGGGCAUUGCUCCUGAGAACAGGGGCAUUGCUCCCAGGCCAGUUUAUUGAGAUGAAGUGGUCUGGGUGACUUUUUUUUUUUUAAAGAGUUUUAAUGCCCCUUUGGUAAAUUUUCUAGCAAAACAUAUUGGUUACAUGUUACUAGAUAUUUGACUAGUCAUCCACACAUUUGCAGGACCUCUUUAAAGAGGAAAUACCAUUAAAUAAUCUUCAGUCUGCAAUACUCCACUGUUUUGCCAACGACAGAGCUGUAAUGCUCUUGGUAAUGUUAAGAGCAGGUAGAGCAAUGUUUCUAGUGGUGUAUGCGUUUACAAGUUGUUUGUCAGCAUAAAACCAUGUCUUGUCAGCAUAAAACCAAAUUUUGCAUAAUGUAUAUAAUGGAAAAUUGAUGGGAGAAAUGUAUUUCCCAGUAAUCCUAUGCUGCUGUGAGCUUUCCCACAUGCAAAAUGUGAGCAGCUUCAUGGAAGAUAGUAUAAGGAUUUAUUUGUUUCUUUGUUUAGUUCCCUCCAUGUUGCAACGUGGUACUAAGGAUUAUAUGGCUUUUAAAAUGCUCCAGAACUGCUGAAUGCUGUUAGAGAAAGUCUUACUGUGCGUCUGACUUUCUCCUCUAUAAAUUUAUUCUGCCCUCAUACAGCUUGGCUCUUUCCUCUGCAAAAGUAAAUUUACUUCAGUACCCUCAUAACCAUACUCUCCUGCGAACCCAAACAACUAUUUCACACAUUUAACUCUCUUCUUCGCCCUAUUGUUCCACCUACUAACUUGACAGCCUCAGACUUUGCAACUCACUUCACUGACAAGAUCUCUACAAUCAGGGAAGAGAUCUCUCAUCUUUCUUCUUCCCCUUACAAUACUUCCCCUAACCUCACUCCUUCUGCACCCGCUACAUUGGAAGAGUUUUUUCUGCUCUGCUCAAGUCCUCCCACCCCACCACCUGCUCCCUAGAUCUAAUUCCAUCGCAUCUCAUCCGUACUCUGUCUUCUUCUCUUUCUCCACCUCUCACUAAAAUUCUCAAUCUCUCUCUCUCUCUCUCUCUCUCUCUCUCUCUCCUCUGGCAUUUUCCAUCACCCUUCAAACAUGCAACUAUAACCCCAAUUGUAAAGAAGACCAACCUGGACCCUAACUCCCCAUCCAACGACCGUCCUACUUCGCUACUGCCUUUUGCAUCCAAGAUCCUUGAAAGAGUUGUGUAUGCGAGAUUGACAGACUUCCUCAAAUCCAACUCUCUGCUAGACCCGCUUCAAUCUGGUUUCAACGCUAAGCACUCUGGAAACGACACUCACCAAAGUAUUCAAUGAUCUACUAGCUGCAAAAUCUUGUGGUCACUACUCUAUUCUAAUUCUCCUUGACCUAUCUGCCGCUUUUGAUGCUGUUGAUCAUCAACCGCUUCUUCUCAUCCUCCGCAAUAACGUGCUCCUCCUACCUCUCCCAGCGCUCUUUCAGUGUUUCUUUCUCUGGCUCUGUUUCCUCUCCCCAACUCCUCUCUGUUGGUGUCUCCCAAGGUUCAGUUCUUGGUCCCCUACUGUUCUCCAUCUAUACUGCCUCCCUUGGUAAACUCAUUAGCUCCUUUGGCUUCCAAUAUUAUUUCAUUGCGGAUGACACGCAAAUCUAUCUGUCCUCUCCUGAUCUCUCCCCGUCCCUCUUGACUAGUGUCUCUGACUGCCUCUCUGCUAUUUCUAACUGGAUGGCUGCCCACUUCCUUAAACUGAACUUGACCAAAACUGAAAUUCUGGUCUUUCCCCUCUCAAUUGUUGCUACUCCUCUGUCUGUCUCCAAGUCAACGGUGCUACCAUCAGCUCCACCACGCAGGCUCGCUGCUGAAGUGUUCUCUUUGACUCCGACUUCUCCUUCACGCCUCAUGUUCAGUCUAUGGCCAAAUCCUGCUACUUCCAUCUCAAAAACAUUGCGUGUAUCCGAUCCUUCUUUACGCCAGAUCCUUUCUCGCCUUGACUACUGUAAUCCGCUUCUCAGUAGUCUUACGUGCUCCCAACUUGGGUUGUUACAGUCCAUAAUGAAUGCGGCGGCAUUCUGCCCGCACCUCCCACGUCUCACCCUUCUGUCAGUUCCUCCAUUGGCUUCCUAUAAGAUAUAUAGGGCUCAAUUUAAAUUCUGGUUCUUGCUUUCAAAUCUCUACUCUCUAAAAAUAAUGUUGCUCCCGCCUAUCUAUCCUCCCUAAUACAUAAGUAUGUCCUGUCUAGACCCUUACGCUCUGCUGAAGACUUACGUCUAUCUUCUGUCCGUACUCCCACCUCUGACGCUCGCUUUCAAGACUUCUUGAGGGCUGCACCGUUCCUGUGGAACUCACUUCCCUCGUCCUUUUAGAUGGACCCAGUCUCCACUUCUUCAAAAAAAUCAUUAAAAACCCACUUCAUAAAAACCUAUCAAUUAAACUGUUAAUAGCUCCCAACUGAUUCCUCUCUUGCAACUGUCAUUAGUCUUAUACUAUCUUUACCUUUUUGUGUCACUUUACCCCACUCCCUCUAGCAUGUAAGCUCAUUGAGCAGGACCCUUAACCCUUCUGUUCCUGUGUGUCCAACUUGUCUGGUUACAACUACAUGUUUGUUCGUCCACCCACUGUAAAGCGCUGCAGAAUUUGUUGGCACUAUAUAAAUAACAUAAAAAUAUAGUUUCUGUAGAAUACUUGCAUGUGGCAACAUACAGUAAAUUUCAGUGGUUUUGUUUGCAUGAUCACCAACCAUCUAGGUGCUAGAUACCCUAGUCCCCCAAGAUUUCAGCCACAUGUGGUACAUUUGCCACUUGGUACCAGUGUUUUUAUUUAUUUUGUGAACACAUUCAGCAGGUCUUUCUUAUUUAUAAUAUCUGUAUGUUCAAGCAGAGAUAUUUGGACCCGCGUAAAUCAGGCAGCCAAUAUCAAUUCUACAUGCCUUCCCAGCUUCCAUGUUUUCUUUAAUAGGCUUGGUUUUGUUAUUUUAUCCUUGCCGUCAAAUUGUGAACAUAUAAGGAUAUACAAAGAACAGCAACUAUGUAGGGAUCGACCAAUGUAAUAUUUUUUUAUUUUUUUUAGCCAAUACCGAUAAUCUGUGAACUUUCAGGCCGAUAGCCGAUAACUUACCGAUAUUCUGUACAUUUACCAUAUUGAAAAAAUAAACAAUUUCUAAAGGUAAAUGCACAAAAUCUAGAUGCCACAUGUAGUGGAUGCAGUGUGUUUAGACAGGGGAGCUGUGUGUGUAGUGUGCAUAUAAUGCAUGUAGUGUGUAUUGUGAAUGUAGUGUGUUUGUGUGUGUGUGUGUAUAUAAUGCAGAAUGUGUUUCUGUAGGCAUGUAAUUUGUGUAAAAUAAGGGGGGGAGGGGGGAGUCUUUUUUCCGAAAAUACCGAUAAUCGGUCAACCCCUACAACUAUAUUAAAGUAUGCUUUGCUAUGUAAAAUUUUAAAGAAUGUCUGUUAAAACUAAAUCAAAAUUUCAUGGUGAUUAAUAAAUGCUGGUUUACCAAGACAAAGUGACAGAACACACUCCACUCCAGGGCAUAAUAUCAUUCCGCUUUCUCUUACAGGCCUGAAAGAGGUAAUAAAAUUUGUGAAACCAGCUCCAAUUGAGCAGGAGCUAACCAAGAAGCAGAAGAAGCAGAAAGAUGGGAAGAAAAAUCUAAACAGUGACCUGGAAUCUCAGUUGCAGAAUAUGGAAGUGAACAAUGCUUGAAAAUAUGCAAGAUUUAUCUGUUCUUUACAUCAAAUAAGUUGUAAAAUCAUUGGGCAGUUGGCAUAAAUUCCCUCGUCGUCCUCUUCCUAGAUAUACUGUUGCUGUUAUUACAAAACUACCAUAAGGGACUGUCUAUAAGGCAAUGGACUGAAGAAGGGUUUUAAGACCAGAAGCAGAGGGAAAAUAAUGUAAUAAAUUGACAUGGCAUGUAGCUUUUUGCAACAGUUUGGUGUCAUUCCUAAUGGACCUGUUCAUAUGUCAUUCAACUGCAAUUUGAAUAAAUGAAACCAAAAACAUUCUAAUAAGUUACUAAGAGGUAAAGCAAUUUUACUUUUGAGUUAUUAAAAUUUUACUUGAAACCAGACUGAGAUAAAUUUAAACCCCAUUUUUUUUAAAUCUUGGUAAGUUAAAUAUAUUCUGCACAAAAUCAUGUUUUUUUUUCUUUUUUCUUUUUCAUCCGUGUUGAUCCUUUUACUAACAUUCAUAUUACUAAAGCAGUCACAUUAUGUUAGAGUUUAUGCAGAUUAAAAAAGUAAAGGUUUCCAAGACAACAUGCAGACCAGUAUUUUAAUAUAUAAUUUGCUUUAUAUUUUCUUACAAAUUUAAAAUGCAACACACUGAAGCAACAAUUUUUAUCUUGCCCCUAAUUACUACGAAUUUUUUUUUUUCUGGUAGGGGCACGUUAAGCACCAUAACCACUUGCAGCACAAUGUAAUGUUUAUAGUGCCAGGAAUCUGCUGCUGCAACCACCAGUGUAAAAGUUAAACUGUUUCCAAAUCCUAUGUAACUUACCUGGGUCUCAUGGGUACCUAGAGUCCAGCUAAAGUGAUUUUGUAGGUUUAUAGAGAUCUAUGUAUUUAUUUUUUUUUCCAUCUUUUGUAUAAUUGAGAAUUGCUUUGUGGUAAUUGCAAAAUUAGUCAGCCGUAUGUUGAGAGCAGUUGGACAAAUUCACUUUAAAAAAAAAAAAAAAAAAAGUGCAAUUUUUCUAUACACAUUUUGCCCUUUCAAAUCACAUUGUAGUCCUAGUCUUACAUUCAUAAAAAUAUACUCUCCAUGAGUAAUGUGUUUUUUAAUUUUAUGAGCUUCGUUUUUAUCUGACAUUUGUAAAAUCCUUUCAUUCUGUGUGCGCGUAAUAUAUCUAAAUAGAUAGCAUCUCAGUGCGUUAACAGUGG